AUGCUAUUUCUGUUUUUGGCCCCGUAUUUUAAUGAGAAGAUGGCUCUAAGGGCACCAAAAGCUCAUAGAAUAAAGCACUUUUCAAUGAAUAAGAAGUGUUUGAAAUGCUCUCGUCUAAACGACCUUUAUGAUUCCUUCGAGUCAAGUCGGACUUAUGAAGGUGAAAACAAUGUUCUACUUCAACAGACCGCAAACGUGCUGCUUUCCUUGUACAGUACUUCUGUUCCAGUGGAGUCCCCUUUAAAUUCGUUUAAAGUGCUUCAAAAAAGAGCACCCAAGUUCGAACGCUGGGGAGAAAAUAUCGUCCACGACAUAAAAAAAGCGUACGAAUGGCUUAUUCUUCAUUUUGCCGAGAAGACCGCAGUUGAAAUAAAGAAGCUCACGAGAUCGGGUAUGACUGAAGCCACUGCCAAGAAUUACGCGUUUUAUGAGUGUUGUAAACCACUUGCCAUUGUUUAUGUCGAGUACACGAUUCUUUCUUGCUUUUGUGAAGUCACCGAGCAAGCAUGUAAAGGAAUCAAAGCAACACUUGAUCUUCUAAUGACCGUCUACGCAACGUCUUCUAUCAAGAAACAUAUCGCAGCUCUAUACGCCGGCGGUUACACAUCUGACGGUAAAUGGGUGGCCAGAAUUUCUGACGUGCUGAACUGCGCAGUAGCGGAAAUGAAGAAUAAUGCAGUGUUAAUAUGUGACGAAAUAGCUCCAGACGACUUUCUGCUUCACUCAAUUAUUGGUAAAUCGGACGGUCAGGUACAUGAAUGUCUGUGGGAACAGUUCAAAAAAGAAGCCAAUGUUCGUCCGGACUGGUUGCCUGACUUAGUGCAAUUUUUGAAGAAAAAGAAAUGA